GUCUGACGCUCGGUCUCUGGCGCGUUUCGCUCGCACGAUCGCGCGUGUUUGUGCACGCGCCCGGGUGCUACGUCCGUUCUGUCACGCCGUGUGCGCUCCCGUAAGCCUGAAUGUUUUGCUUUAUUCGAACGCUGCGCAUGAGUGCUCGGGUUGGAGUUUCAGGUCCCGCUAUCCGGUAGGUUGUUCAGCACAAGGGUGCGGAAGCCUGGAGAAUUCUUUUAAGUGGAACUAGCGUCGUGAAGCUUAUGCCUGGGCAACGACAAUGACAAUGACGCCAUUUCAAGGGAUAUACAGGUAGUCAUUCGAUACCUCCACUUCUUGUAUAUUUUUUUAUUUCUUUCUGAUGUAGUAUUCUGGUCGCAGUUCGUGCCGUUGGCAUGCAGAGCAGGCGGCCGGCGCUCGCAUCCCGAAGCGGAGGCAGGACAUCGUCUUUGUUUCGUAUCUCUUACCCGCGUGUUUGUCGAAGCAUUGCACCCAUUAUGCAGAUCUAUCUCGGAUUAUGAUGUUAUGUCGACGAGAGCGUCGAAGAAGAACGCCGUCGUGAGUGGACAUACUCCUGAAUACGCUCUGGCGGCCGUGAGGAAGCCAUCCUACGCUGCACGUGCUUUAUAAGCGCCGAAUCGUCCAUGCCGUUUUCCGUUGCCUUGUGUGUGCGUACUGCAUUGACUUGCAAAUAUCCGCGCACAGUGUUUAGACCAUUCUAUUCGAAAAUCUGUUCGUUGUGUGACAUCCUACUAUGGCUAUAGGAGGUUGGCUGGGUGGAGGUGCGGAAACGUCCUUGCUCCGUGCGUACCUAGAGACUUCUGGAGAUGCGUCCACCACCAUGACGGCUAGAACGGAAACAUCAAAUCAUUCGAACGGUGAGCGGAAGCGCUGCCAUCUAGACUCAUUUAGCAAAGUUCGCCGUAGAAAACCAGCACGCGGUGCAGGCAUGGUGCGUUCGUUGACCGGCUCGCUGGGCGCCAUGUGUGCUUCCGCAGUUGCAAGGACACGUGACUACCUUGAGCAUCAUUCGGGUCCCGAACUCAGUUUGAGCUCCGCUCCAGCAGAGGAGCAGCGGCGGACAUGACCCCGCUGCCGUGGACACCACCAUCCGCAGCAAGACCAGCAAAAGCGGCGGGACGGUGCCGGCGCAAAAGUACCGACGUGCAUCGACUACGGUUUUAGACGGAAGUGGUGUGCGACCAGUGCCGCGUGGAUACCCGCUAUGUGUGCCGGUGUUGUGGCUGUGCUGUGUUACGUCAACUCGCUGGAUGGAGAUUUCGUGCACGACGACAUGGUGGCGGUGGUGGGGAACCCAGACGUCACCGGUGAGAACAGGCGACACGCGUUGUCGUCAUCGUCGUCAUCGCUUUGGAUGAAUGACUUCUGGGGGCGACCCAUGGCCGAUCCCCGGAGUCACAAGUCAUACCGGCCCCUCACAGUGCUCAGCUUCAGAGCCAACUACUACGCAAAUGGACGCCAGGUGCGCGGCUACCACGUGGUCAAUGUAGCUCUGCACUGCGCAUGCUCAGUGCUGGUGGCCGUCGUCGCACGCUGCGUCAUGCGGAUAGGUUCCCUCCAUGCGUGCUUCGCAGCGAUGCUCUUCGCUGCACAUCCUGUGCACACUGAGGCGGUGUCCAGUAUAGUGGGCCGAGCCGAAGUGCUGUGCUGUUUCUUCUUUCUGCUGUCGUUCCUCUGCUACCACUGCUGCCAAGUUUCCAGUGACGGCAAAGGAGGCUGUAGAAGGACGAGCUGGCUGGGAGCCUGUGGUCUACUCUCUGUAUGUGCACUGCUCUCCAAGGAGCAGGGCAUCACCGUGCUACCGUUGUGCAUGGCCCUGAGAAUACGCGCAUUGCUCGCUGAUUCUACGCGUCCAGAACGACAGACGCAAGGCUUCGAAGCUCACCGACGAUGCUGGCCAAUCUGUAGGCACUGCAUACGACAAAUUGCCUGCCGAUGCUUCUUGGAUCGUGACGUUGCUGCUCUCGCAACAUUGACGGCUUUACUCCUGUGCUUCAGGCUAUGGAUUCUACAGGGAAGCUUCCCCGAAUUCACCGCGAUGGACAACCCUGCCUCUUUCUCGCCAAUGCGUGUUACCAGGGGAACACGGUGA